AUGAGCGAGCUUACCAAGUUAAGAAAUCUCCUUAAUAAAACAAAGCCUACACUUCAAUUAGAAAUAAGAAAGAAAAAACCUACAACAACGAAACAAUUUCUUGAGUAUGCGAUUGAAGUGGAGGAAUUAUUUCAUUUAUCUAAUAUAUGUAUUUCUGACGAUCUUAAUAAAACCAAUCCACCUAGUCCAGUAACAUCUAUAGUAACACCAUCACGAUCAAAAAAUCCUCCAACACAAUCUGAUAAAACUAUUCCACAAACAACUCAUCCAGAAAAUAAUUAUGACAACACCUAUAAAAAUAACAAUCAUAAUAAUAAUCAUCCUUAUUGCUAUUUCCAAACUUUUGUACCAUCUCAUCCAAAUCAUCAAACAUAUUAUCGACCACGUCGACCCUGGCACUAUCCCAAUCAACCAUUUCUACCUAAUCAACAAGCUAUUCAUCCAAAACAUAAUCAUCCUCCAUCAAAUAAUACCUUCAGAACACCAUACCAUCCUAACUAUAAUCAAAACAAUUUUCCGAACAACAAGAAUAGUAACAAUAGUAACUAUAACAAACCACCGAAAAAUAAUAAUCUUGCAUCUCGAGCAAAAAAUAAUUCUACUGCAAAUAUUCCACCUUUGCUUGAUCCUCUUCCACCUCUUUCGUCAUUUGAAAUUUGCUCACGAUCUGAUGGAAUAGCACCUUUUCAUGUGCAUGGUGUUGUUGAACUACAUAUAAAAAUAGCUAAUCAAAUUACUAAAAUAAAAGCCCAUGUAGCUGAAAAUUUAUGUACAGAUCCAAUUCUUGGUACUUGCCUUGGUUAUUUGUGUCAAUAUUCUUCUACACCUCACAGUAAUAAAAUCACACAUCAUUUGAAUACUCCUUGUGGUGCCGCCAAUUUGAUUGGCGAUGAACCAGUUCUUCUUGGCGUAUCAAAUGAUAAAACACCUCCACAAGAUGUAACUCAAUUAACUAAUAGUAUACCUUCUACUGUUAGUAACGUACAUUCUUUUGCAGAAAAUGAUUUUCGUAAAUUAAUUAAACAUUUUGAUAAUAAAAAUCAACAAAAUGUUCUCCUUGCGCUUCUAUUCAAUUUCCGACCUAUUUUCGAUACACAGAGACAUAACAUUACGAAGACACGUAUCCAUCACAUAAUUAAUACAAACCCUCAUUCCUCACCAGGUUCGAAACCUUAUCCACAACCGGAUAAGGAGGAACAUAUGUUUAAUAUGAUUCAAAAAUUUUUACAAGCUGGACUAAUUUCCGAAUCUCACUCUCCAUAUGCUACUCCUGCCUUUCUCGUUAAGAAAAAAGAUGGUACAUUUCGUCUCGUAGUCGAUUACAAAGAAAUUGAAUUUAGUAACUAUUAA